AUAAUAAAUUCGGAGUGAUGUCAUCACAGUGGGAAGUGACGUCAUCCAUCUCGCGCACUUUCAUGGUGGUGGUGGUGGCUUGGAGUCAAUAUCUUUAACUCUAUUUGUAAAGGCGUUUACUUCUUUUAAAAAUAGAAUACGGAAAUAUGCAGCGCGAGGAGAAGGUGUUGGAGCUGUGCCUGGAGUCUCUGACCCAGCGCGUCAGCGACCUCAAGAAUUCCCUGGAGGGGUUCAUCCGGAAACUGGAGACUCAAUACGAGACUCUCAACUGGCCAAGCAUGCUCGACAGCUUUGCGCUGCUGUCGGGGCAGCUGAACUCGCUGAACAAGUUGCUACGCAACGACAAGACACCGUGUCUGAGGGGGCAGAUCAUCAUGCCGCUCCUGCUGUCACCUGACAGGGACGACGAGCUCAUGAAAAUGACCGAGGGCCGCGUGCCAGUGUUCAGCCACGACGUGGUGCCGGAUCACCUGCGCACUAAGCCAGACCCGGCUGUGGAGGAGCAGGAGAAGCAGAUGUCACUCGACGCCGCUCGCCUCACACCGGACAUGGCACAGAAACACAUGGCAUCUAUGAAUAAGAUGUGCAACUCGCUGCUGGACCGCCUCAACAGCACUCGUGAUGACAGGGACGGAGAUUCCUCCACUCUGCGUCACUCCAAGCACACCUUCAACCCAGCCGACACCAACGCAUUAGUGGCAGCGGUGGGGUUUGGCAAGGGUCUCAGCCGGCCUGGACGACCCCCAUCCCAGGGUGGCACGGUCCAACCCGGCCUCUCCGGGCAAGGAGGGCCUGUGGGAUGUUCGAAUGUUGGGCAGGGGGGUCCCAGCGGGUCAAUGGUUCAGCAACAGCAGCAACAACAGCAGCAACAGAUGCAGAGUCAUGCAGGUAAAAUGCCAAGUUCCAUCAAAACCAACAUCAAGUCCGCUUCAAACGUCCACCCUUACCAACGAUAGUCAUUCCACUCUCUAUUGUAAGUUAGUUAUGGGCAUGUCAGGUUCAUGUAUGUAUGUUGAACCUCUUUCGCACCGUACAUAUCCAACCGUACGAAUGGCCAUGUCAGAGACGCUGAGCCACCACUGCUGAGGUCCCAGAUUAAAGUUGUUGUUCUCUGUCUCGCAGAUGGUUCAUAAUGAUUUGUCACUGAAUGCAGGUUUUUUCCACUGGUAGUUAAACCAGAUUGUUUUCAUUGAAUGUCUCAACCUGAUUUCAAAUGGCUCCACAAAGCAACACCUUAUCAUUGAAUCAUUUUUUUCAUUUUUAUUCAAUUCAGGUCAGCCAUUUGCUGAGGUCUGAAAUUAUGUAAAUAAAUAGGAUGACGGACAUGCAUUGAACCAAAUACUGUUCGUUAACUUGACUGACAGUUGAGUUCAUAUUUUGCUUAUGGGCUGUAAACUCUGUUUAAAAAGAGGAGUGAUCUUGCUCAGAUGUUAUAGAAAAUACAUACAAAUAAAGUGAAAGAAA